GUCAACAACUCGAGCACCACUCUGCCCGCGCGACAUUGCCUGCAUCGACCGGUCAACAACUCCGGUGCGCGCGCUUUGCACCGACGCAUCGACCAAGCGCGCGCGACACCGCAUUUCUAUUCACUUCUCCGCGCACGACACCGAUACUAGCGCGCAUCACCGCGGAGCACAUUAUCACAUGCGCAUCGCGAAUUCCAGCCCAGCCAUGCGAUAGCCGACCUCGAGCUGCAACGCCGCCACGAUGAAUCCCGCAGAGCUCACUUUGACCAUCUCGCCCUCACUUACCAAAGCCACCCCCGCGACGAUCAAAUAUGGCAUCAGCGCUGCGACAGUCCCGCCAACGGGGAGAACAUUGGUGGAGCGCAUCAACGUCGAGCCCAUAUAUGCGCAACUCAAGGCCGCCUUGGGAGAUCAAUGGAGCGACUACAAGGCGACCAUCGCCGCUUUCAUACUCGGCAGCUUGAACCAGGCCGAGCUAUCAUGGGUUUUGCAACCACUUCUCACGACGCUGCCGCUGGCCAGUACGGACCUGAGCAGACCCACUGCCUCAAUACUGCAGCUGCACAACCAGCUGAUCACGGCCAUCUAUGCGAACACACUGCGCGAUGCUCCUGCGUCAGAGGUUGCGCCAUGGGUCGUGGCAACAGACAAGCCUUCGAGCACGUCAAAGAGCUCGGGUGCGGGAGGAGGCGCGAACGACAAGACGGAGGAGAGGUUGAAGAGAGAGAUUAUGAACAUACAUCCGAGAGACAGGCAGAGGAUCAAAUCAUUGAAGGAUGAACCUACAAAAGCGGCCAAGGACGAUGGUCUGCGCCAGGUUCUGGAGUAUGCGAAUGAGCUGGCUGUGAAACCCCCAGGGACAGGACAAGGACCGAACGAGUCUCAGACGACCACGCCUGGUCUUGCCAGGAGUAAUUUUGAUAUUGAGAUUCAGAGGCGAUAUGCUCAACCUUUGGCAAGCGAGCAGCUCGAAUUUCCGGCACCGAAUGACUUGCAGAAUAAGAUUGAGCCGAUAUGCUAUGAGCAAGGCUUGACUGGAGGAGUGCAGCAAGGCAUGCUUCAAGGAUGUGCCGAGCUGGUCGAACAGGCCUGUGAAGUCUACAUCAAGGAGAUGCUCAGUGCGUUCCUCGGACACUCGCGUAGCAAUGCGGUGGGCAAGGAUGGCGUGCAGACGCAUAAAUUCAAACGGCAGCUUCGGAGAGAGGAAGACGACGCCGAUCGAGGGGUCCUGCAACGGAAUGCAGGAGGCAUGUUGCCUGUCGAGAUGCAGAUGCAAGCGCAACGUGCACCUUUGAGAAUGGCAGACAUGCGCCUUGCGCUCGGCUUGUCAGACUCUUUCCUCAAGCAGGAUCGCUUCUUGGAAGAGCAGAUCAUGCUCAAGCACUAUCCUGUGCUGGAUUUAUCCGCCAAGGGUGGCAUCAACGGCGUCUCGACGCACCUCACGAAUGGGGUCAAGCGCAGAAAACUCUCUGGGCCUGACAAUGCAGAUGCCAUGGAUAUAGAUGCCGAGUUCGACUACGGCCAGUUCAAGGGCGUAGCGAAGAACGAUCACGACAGCGUUAUGAGUGCUUUGGACGAUUGUUUGCUGGCUGCUGGGUAGAGUCCACGACAAGCUGAAAACGAACUUUCGUACAAUCACUAUCCUGCCGGGUACCACAGCGGAGGUCCGAUACUGGAGGACUUCCGAACUGGUGCAUACAGAGCUAGCGUCGAGAGGGCUGUUGCCGCGCGCCAGCUGCGCGCUGGGAUUUUCACGACUGGAGACAGAUCCACGACCCAGCCUCAAUCAUCAGCUGCUCCUGCACAGAGAAGAACAGGGCACUCGAAGACCUCAGCAGCU